UCCAUCAGAGGCCAUGGAACUUUCAGCCAAUGAGCUCAGCAUCUAUGACAAGCUCUCAGAGACCAUUGAUCUGGUGAGGCAGACUGGCCACCAGUGUGGCAUGUCAGAAAAAGCCAUUGAGAAGUUCAUCAAGCAGCUCUUGGAGAGGAACGAGCCCCAGCGAGGCCCUCCGCGCUACCCUGUCUUGGUGGCUCUCUACAAGGGCCUGCUCACACUGGGGUUGGUCUUGCUGACUGUUUACUUCGUGAUCCAGCCAUACAGCCCUUUGCCACCCGAAGCUCCUCUCUCCAGAGCCCAUGCCUGGGGCUCCCUCAUCGGGCACAUCAGGCUGCUCUCCCUGCCCAUUGCCAAGAAGUACAUGCUGGAGAAAUGCCAGGACUGGUGGGCAGCAGGUUGCAGACAGAACACUUCUGCACUUCCUGCAAACUGCACAGUCUGUUCUGCUGUGAAAAGCCUUCAGAUUGUGACAGACUUGAGUGAGCUAUCAGCAAAGCAUCAGCCUUUCCUAAUCAAGACAGGGCAGCAUCUCUCCUAUGAAGAGCUGAAGCAUUUUCAGUCUCAGGAUCCAGAACUGGCAGAGGUUAUAAUAGAAGAAAAUUCAGCUGAACCGUGGAGCUGCCCAUUUUUCUCCCCCCGGAACAAAUCUGUGAACAAAACUUGGAUUCUGCAGGAAUUUUUCCAUGAUUCCUCUUUGCUGUCCUUCCCUAAGACAGUGUCCCUGGAGAGCUGCUUCCUCAUCCGCCGUCCAGAUUUGGGGAACAAGAGCUACAGUCUGCACAGCCUCUUUGCUGUUGGAAGUGGACAGCUCACCCUGACUGUUGUACCUCUGGACACAUGCAGAGGACACUGUGAGAUGUUCAAGGUGGAGCUGGAGGCUGGGGAUUUUGGUUAUGCCAGCACAGAUUACUGGACAAUGAGCUUCGUGGCCAAAGGGACAGAGCCAGCAGUGGUGUGUGAUGGAGCUGCCAGCUAAGGACAGCAGGGUGGGAAAACAGUUGUUCCCAGGACAAGAAGACUUUCAAGAAGCCAAGACAACAUCCUGAGAGCAAGCUGGGGCAACUGGGGCAGGCAGCUUGGCCACUCUGCAUGUUUACAGUGUUUAAAAUGACUGUUUUCCUGAUCCUUGAGGUAAUUCUUUGCCUUUCCUCAAAUGUAUUUUGGGAGAACUCA